AUGGCAGUGUCUGAUGAGGUGCACAGCGACGCGAGCGACGUGAGCGACGACGAGACGACGCCGCCGCUGCCCGAAGAGCCCAUCGAAGACUGCCGCAACUCGGACGUCGUGACCAAGUACCGCCUCGCGGCGGAGAUUGCGCAGUCGGCGCUCGAAGGUGUGCUCGGCCAGCUCGAGGCCGGCAAGGACGUGGUCGAGCUGUGCAAGUUUGGCGACCUCGUGAUGCAGCAGCGCUGCGGCGCGAUCUUCAAGACCAAGAAGAUCGACAAGGGCGUGGCCUUCCCCACGUGCAUCUCGGCGAACGAGAUCCUCUGCCACUACUCGCCGCUGGCCACCGAGUCCAAGGCACUGGCGGCCGGCGACUGGGUCAAGAUUGAUCUCGGCUGCCACAUUGACGGCUACGUGGCGGUCGUGGCGCACACGGCCAUUGUGCCCGCUACGGGCGCCGCGCUCGAGGCCGAGUUCCCGGAGCUGCGCGGCGACGAAGCCGACGUGCUCAAGUGCGCGCACGACGCCGUGGAGCUCUGUGCGCGGCUGAUCAAACCCGGCAACACGAACCUGCAGGUGACGGAAGCGCUCAUGCGCCUCGAGGAGUCGUACGGCGUCAAGAGCCUCCAGGGCACGCUCAUGCACCAGCUCAAGCGCUUUGUCAUUGACGGCAACAAGGUCAUUGCCCAGAAGACGGACGUCGAGAACCGCACGCCGAAAGUCACGUUUGAACCGCACGAAGUGUACACGAUUGACGUGUGCUACACGACGGGCAGUGACAAACCGGUGACGAGCGAGCGACGCACGACGGUCUUUAAGCGCCAAGUGAACAAGCAGUAUCGCCUCAAGAUGCGGGCCUCGCGGUACGUGUUCAAGGAGAUCAACCACAAGUUCCCGACCAUGCCGUUUACCAUUCGCGCGUUCGAAGACGAGAGUCAGGCGCGUAUGGGCGUUGUCGAGUGCGUGAAGCACGACUUGCUGCAGCCGUACCCGAUCCUGGAAGGACGACCGGGUGACAAGAUUGCGCACUUUAAGGCGACGGUGCUGCUGCUGCCGAACGGCACGUCCAAGAUCACGGGCUUGGCGUUUCCGAGUGACCGCGUUGUCUCGGAAAAGACUGUCGACGACGAGACGGCCAAGAUUCUCGCGUUGUCGUUGAAGAAGAAGAGCAGGAAGAAGAAGAAGAAAACGACGACCUAA